AUGUCCCCUCCUGCUCCCGGCGUGCCCCGCGCGCCGCUCCCCGCGCGGGCCGGAGCCGCCGCCAUCAGCGCCGCCAUGGCGGUCGCCGGGCAACGCGUGCUGGGCUGGGGGGCCCGCGCCGCCGCCGCCCUGUGCCGCGGGCUCCGCACCGGCCCCCCGAGGCUGCAGGGCACGGCGGGGGCGGCUGCCAAGGAGACGGAGAAGCAGAGCGCGACCGAGCAGAGCUCUUCAGUCCUGCAGAGGAACUCCGUGAGAUGGGAUGGCAAGGUUUAUGAAGAGGUCCCGAUAGCUCACAUCAAAGCAACGUACAACAACACCCACAUCCAGGUGGUGAGCUUUGACAACCGGCCGUUCUCCCGCACGUCCUGCGGCACAGAGGGCUUCCAGAACGCCAAGAAGGGCACUGCCAUCGCAGCACAGACCGCAGCCAUGGCAGCGGCAGUGAAAGCACGUACCAAGGGGGUAUUGCACGUGCGAGUCAUGGUGAAAGGACUGGGACCAGGACGCAAAGCUGCCAUCAAAGGGCUGACAAUGGGAGGUUUGGAGGUCAUCUCCAUCACAGACAACACCCCAGUCCCCCACAACGGCUGCCGCCCACGGAAAGCCAGGAGACUGUGA